AAUUUGUACAGUUUGGUAUUCGAAACGGAGUAAUUAUAUAGACUUUGUAUUAUUCGUUAUUAUCAACUAAUAUAUAUUAUAAAAACUUUAUAGUAAAUUGGCGCAAAUUGUUCUAUCUUUUAGAAAAAUGACUAUGGGUACAGAAUAUGAAAAAAAAAUCGCUGAACUUGUAAAAAAAAUUAAGAAUUUUCCAAAUUUUCCUAAACAAGGAAUUUUAUUUUGGGAUAUUUUCUCAGCAAUAUCAGAUGGUGCAGCAUGUAAACUAUUACAAGGACUCUUAAUUGAGACAAUACGUUACAAAUAUCCUGAUGUGGAAGCUGUGGUUGGGCUGGAGUCAAGAGGCUUUCUCUUUUCAUUCUCAAUAGCAGCAGAGAUGGGAAUAGGAUGCCUACCAGUACGGAAGAAAGGAAAACUGCCUGGAGAAGUUAUAUCAUAUAAAUAUGAUUUAGAGUAUGGAUCGGACACAUUGGAGAUCCAGAAAAACUCGAUGAAACCUGGACUAAAAUGUGUUAUUAUUGAUGAUUUAAUAGCUACAGGUGGUUCUUUGAAUGCAGCUAUACAGUUGUUACAAAAUAGUGGAGCCGAGGUCCUUGGUUGUCUGGUAAUAAUUGAACUAGAAUCGUUAAAUGGACGUAAGAACAUACCAAAAACUAUACCUGUUCAUUCCAUGAUCAAAUAUGACUAAAUGUAAAUUUCUUAACAAUGUUCUGGAAACAAAUUGGAACUGGAUUAAAUUUAUUCUGGAAUGUUUUAAGCAAAUUAGAAUAAUUAUGCUUGUUGUAAUUUGAUUCAUUUAUACUUCAUUCUUCAGGUUAUCAUUUUGUUAAAGGGCAGGCCAUUAGGUUCAUCAUUGAUAAUUCUAUACAUUGUUGUUAAUUUACUUAAUUAUCAGCUUAUGUAGGUUAGACAAAAUUUAAAUGUAUAUAUUAUAUAUGUAUAUACAUAUAUUGAAUUGGAUUUGGCAACCAAUUUUAAAAAUUGAUUAAAAUAGAUUUCUGUAAUAGACCACAACGUAAAUGAAAGUUUGUCAAUAAUAAUAUGGCUGAAA